CUUGACAAAGAAGGUGCAGCGUUGAUAUUUGGUGUACGCAAAUUUCACCAAUAUCUUUUUGGACAAAAGUUUGUUGUCUACACGGACCAUAAACCGUUGCUUGGUUUAUUCAAAGCAGACAGAGCCAUUCCGAGCAUGGCAUCGGCACGCAUUCAGAGGUGGGCUCUGCUACUAGCUACGUAUGAGUACGAUUUGCGGUAUCGACCAGGAACUAAGAACAGUAACGCUGAUGGUCUGAGUCGCUUACCGUUGAGUGAAACCGUGGUUAACAUUCCUUUACCAAGAGAGACCCUAUUACUCCUUGAACACUUGGACACAACUCCAGUGACAUUUAAGCAAAUUCAGGAAUGGACCGCGAAAGACCCAGUUCUUAUACAAGUACUAGCACAUGUGCAGGAUGGAUGGAACAAAUGUGGAAGCGAAGAGACUAAACCAUACUUCAAUAGGAAGGCUGAACUCUCCUGUCAUGAAGAUGUGUUACUUCAUGGAAACCGCGUGGUUGUACCGAAACCAGGACGCGCCAAAUUGUUAGAAUUCCUGCAUGAAGGACAUCCAGGAAUUGUACGGAUGAAAGCACUAGCGCGUAGUCACGUGUGGUGGCCGGGAAUAGAUUCCGACAUCCAAUAUAAAGUGCAGGCAUGUACGGAGUGUCAGCUACAGAGACCUGUACCACCGGUGGCACCGCUUCACUCUUGGGACUGGCCAGACCGGCCAUGGUCGCGAAUCCAUGUGGAUUAUGCGGGCCCUUUCCUCGGGCAAAUGUUUCUUGUAGUCGUGGACUCGUAUAGCAAGUGGUUGGAAGUCGUACCAACAAAUUCGUCAACAUCUACGGUGACAAUCGCGAAACUGCGUCAAAUCUUUGCGGAACACGGUCUACCAGAUAAACUUGUUUCAGACAAUGGUCCAUGUUUUAUAAGUGAAGAAUUUGAGACAUUCUUGAGAGAAAAUGGAAUUCAACACGUGAAAAUAUCACCACACCAUCCAGCUACAAAUGGACUUGCGGAACGUUCAGUACGCAUUUUCAAAGAGGGAAUGAAAAAGAUGGGCACUUCCGGUGGUGAUACCGCAGCUAAGUUAAGUCGUUUCCUACUCUCGUACAGGUCAACUCCGCAAACAACGACCGGGCUCUCACCUGCAGAACUCUUGUUCAAUCGCAAGUUGCGAACCAAGCUAGAUUUGGUUAAACCCGACGUUCGUGAACGAGUCGUCAAGCGACAACAAACUCAGAAAAACUAUCAUGACAGUCGCGCUAAAGAACGUGUAUUUGCGGAAGGAGACCAAGUUUUCGUUAAAAACUUUUAUUCAGGACCAAAAUGGAAAUCUGGAGAAAUAGUAUCCAAGACCAGUCCUGUUUCAUACACGGUCGAAGGUCAAAAUGGUGUCAGGGCUAGACGGCACGUAGAUCAUAUCAGACAGAGACACUGUUUGGCAGUCGCUGAGCCAAACAUUCACCAGGAAAUAUUUGAGUCGGACGCUCAUCCAGUCAUAACUGCAGUUUCCGACGUGGUAACCAAAUCCAAGGACUCUUCACCAUCCGUGUGGGAAAAGGAAGGCUCCAGUCCAAAACAGACAAAGCAAUCGUCUGUUGUGCCAGUUGUUAGACCGCAACGUGUGAAGACAACGCCUGCGUACUUGAAGGACUAUGUGACUCAAAAAUGAACACAUUCCACUACAUUAGGAAUACAGUGAUGGCCGCUCUAUAGCCCCGAAGUUUCAGUGUGUUGUUAGAGACUUGUAUAUCCAUGAUUUCCCCUUAAAGCCGACGUCUAAACGUUACAAGCUUAAUUCAUAAAAAUAUAAAGGAAAGGAAACGAGUGCUGACAAGGGAAGCCUCUGCUUUAAUUUUAUCAUUUAAUAUGUUUUGGAAUUAUGUGAUAUCAAAAUUUCUAAUUUUUACUCAUGUAAGUUGUUUGUGAAGCUGUGACUGAGAGAGCGAUUGGUAUUUUUACCUGUACAACGAUGUGACGAAAUUGUAUAUUUUGCAUCUCACUCGACCCGAGACGUUUCGCCUUGCGAUAGGGAGCGUAUACACAAUGCAUAAACUCAGUUUCAGGUAGGGCGAAGAUGUAGCCCCAUUUCUUGUUAUGUCAGUAACGGGUCAUACAGAUGACUCAGCUGGUGUCCCCCCUCGUAUUUGUCCCGAUACUGACAUAACAGGGGAGGGGGCAAAAUCUACACCCUACCUGUAACCUAUAUGAUGCAAUGUGUAUGCUCCCUAUCGAUAGGCGAAACGUCUCGGGUCGAGUGACAUGCAAAAUAUACAAUUUCGUCUUAUCGUUGCACAGGUUACAAAAAGCAGUGGAUACUAAAGAAAUGACGACUAUAAAGAAGACUGCUGAUGAAGUAAGUUUGACAAUGGACACUUUUAGCAUACCAUAACCAACUUUUGUGAAAAGCUUUUCCGGGCGUAUGGACAAAGUUUCGUGUUCCAUUUUGCAGAUGUGUCAUCCACUUACUCUUCAGACUCAUCAGCCAAUUUAUACAAUUGGGGAUGGAAAUUGUUUAUAACGAGCCGUUUCUAGGAGUCUGUAUGGAAGUGAAGACUACCAUAUACAGCUUCGUCUAUGCAGUACUAUAUAGUUGAUUUCAUAUCCACAGCACUAUGACAACAGCUCCUGAUCUCAUCGACUCUAUAUAGAGUGUGUAUGUUGUAGUAAGUUAUUAUUAGCCGUGGUGCGGCGUCCGUCGUCCGUCCAUCGUCCGUCCGUCG